AAAAAAACAUGUUUAACAUGGUAAUUAGGUAUACAUGAAGAAUAAAGAACUUGUAAUCUUCAAAAGAGAAAAAUAAUAAAAAUGAACACACUUAACCCAAACUUUGGUUAAUUGGGUGGGCGCCCACAAACAGUGUUUGUUCAAGGGCUCAAACAUUAGCCAAGUACCCCAAAAGUUAACGGUCCGCCCCUGAGAAAGAAGAAAAUAAGAACUAUCGAAACGUGCCCGAAUGCGUAUGUGUGGGAACCAUCGCGCGCUUUGACCUUGACUCUUCUCUUGGGCAUUGUUGUUGUUGGAGUGGUGUAGUUGUUGCGAGAGAACCCGCAAUGAAACGCGAUCCAAUACUAUAGGAUUUCCGAGCUCGGAACGACCACAAGUACUUCCUCUUCGCUUUUGUAGAACGAAACGAUUGCAAUACACACACACACAAACAAAAAACGUAAAUAAACAACGACAGACGCAGAAGGAGUAAAAAAGAACAACAGGGGAACCGAGGAAAGCGGAUCCGUUACACGGUGUUUCUUCCGUUUUUUUUUGUACGACAGUCCAUUUCGUUGAAAUGUAGCCGCCGCAGUUCGGUUCCGAAACGAGUUGCGAAACCAUCGGAGACGAUGAUGGGUUGCUGAAACGACCAAAAGAUUAAGACCAUCCAAUUCGUUCAACCAGCCGGUGACAAUGGAAUUAUGGUUUACCCUCUUCAUCAUAGUAAUUUCAAGCACGCAAACUCGACAGUGCUGCACAUCGAAGAAGACCCCAGGAAGCACCGAGCAACUUGUGUGUGUGAACGUGACAACACAUUACAUGGAAUCAUUGCGAAUCAACCGUACCGACAAGUUGGUAUGUCAGGGAUGCCAUUUGAAUACUUUGACCAGCGCCGCAUUGAACUUCACCCCGAACCGUUUGCACUUACUCUACCUUUCGUCCGCUCAGAUGCACCGCAUCGAAGACAACGCAUUCUCCAAGUUAGUUCAACUGAAGAAGCUUCUGCUGCGCAAAAACCACCUAACCGAAGUAAACGAGAAGACGUUCAUCGGAUUACGCAUGCUGAUCCAAUUAGAUCUGAGCAACAACAUGAUAGAAAUCUUACCUGACGACGUCUUCAAGCCAAUGUUGUACUUGGAUCUGCUCAAUUUGAACGAGAAUUUGAUCAGAGAUUUACGACCGCGAUGCUUCAAUAACUUAUCGUAUUUGAAGUACCUGUACUUGAACAACAACGAUAUCGAAUCUGUUGAUCCGUACAUCUUCAAGUACAUGACGAGUCUGAAGAUUAUCUAUUUGGAGAAUAACAGGAUCAAAGAGCUAAGUCCUCUAGCUUUCGCGAAUCUCAACAAUCUGGUCUUCAUGUACUUGAACAACAACAGUUUGGAGCGUUUGAGCGAUUACAAUUUUGUUAAAUUGACGAAUCUCGUUGAUCUGCAGCUGAGGAUGAAUUCUAUUAGCAGUAUUCCGGCGAGUUGCUUUAAUGGUUUAAGGAAACUGAAGUACUUGUAUUUGGGUGACAACAACAUUUCGAGACUGGAAGUGCACAGCUUCACCGGGCUGGAUUCGCUGAACGUUCUGGAUUUGUUACAUAACGAGAUCAGAGAGUUCUCUUUGGAUUAUCUCGGUGGAACGCCGGAGUUGAACGUGAUAUGGAUGGAGGGUAAUGCGAUUAGAGUGUUGGAUUCUGGGGAUUUCGGAGCGGUGUUGCAGAAUCUGAAGAGUUUUGAUGUACAGAUGAAUCAACUGGAAUGGUUCAACUAUAAGCUUCUUCACAAGAAGCUGCCUUCUUUGAAGAAUCUAAUUGUCGGAGGGAAUCUCUUCAAAUGCGAGUUUCUUCUGCCCAUGAUGGAUUAUUUUGAUGGUGUAAAUGCCACCUUAUGCGUGGACUACGGAUGCAACGAAACGGAUAUAUACGAACUUGCUGACACGUUAUGCAAUACUGCGUUUUACAACGAGAGCAUCGACUCUGGUGAUUCCGGCGCACAAACAUUUAAUUUCCUAUUAGUUAAGUUCUAUUUGUUUGUAUAUUUUGUUGAUUUUUGUUUUGCUUUUUCUUUCUCCUGAUAAGCAUGUUUUUUGUGCAUAUAAAAUGUAUUAAUAAAGAGCACGGAUGUACAUUUUUUUUAAAGAGAACUAGUGAUAUCACUCGCAUAGUAUUAUUA